CAGCUCUCCGGAGUCUCAUUCGGUCUGAAGGCGACUGGAGAGUUUCUUCUUCUGAUUCUACAGCAAACUGUGAAGCUAGAAAGUCUGUGUGAGCUGAUGUGAAUUCAGCAGCAUGGAUCAGUGUGAGGACAGAGAGGAGGGAGUCCCUCCCUCUAAAACCACUCUGUGUGGGGAAGAUGAGAGCCAGAGCAAAGGUCAGAGGAUCCAUCAGAGACUCAAACCAGAACCAGAACAAGAACCCAGCUGUGUGUCCUAUAAGAGUGGCAGGUCAAAGGAUCAACCCAAUAAUUUUAACUCUCCUGGAUCUCCACCAUCAGAGAGGGUGGAGCCUGCUGGAGGCCGAUUCUUGACACCAGGUCUGAGGAAGUAUUCCUGUCAACUCACCAUCGACAGAAACACAGUGAACAGAAAACUCAAACUGUCUGAAGACAACAGGAAGGUGACAUGUGUGAUGAAGAUUCAGUCAUAUCCUGAUCAUCCAGUCAGAUUUGAUGAACCUCAGCUGCUGUGUAGAACUGGUCUGACUGGUCGCUGUUACUGGGAGGUCGAGUGGAGAGGAGGAGUUUUUAUAUCAGUGAGUUACAGAAGAAUCAGGAGGAAAGGAAGCAGUAGAGACUGUUUGUUUGGAUAUAAUGAUCAUUCCUGGAGUCUGAGAUGUUGUGAUGUUUAUGGUUACUAUGUCUGUCACAAUAAGAUAAAAACUCUUCUCUCCUCCUCCUCCAUCUCUAACAGAGUAUCAGUGUAUGUGGACUGUCCUGCUGGCAUUCUGUCCUUCUACAGAGUCUCUUCUGACUCACUGAUCCACCUCCACACCUUCAACACCACAUUCACUGAACCUCUGAUUCCUGGGUUUGGGUUUUGGUGGUUCAGUUCUGGUUCUUCAGUGUUUCUUCGCUGAUUUGAGUCUAAAGAGUCUAAAGUUUUUCCUCCUGUCAGAGAAACUCUCUCACUGUUGAACAGAUAGUUCAUCUCAACAAUCUAUUUCUUGGUGAAACUUUUCUGAUUGAGUCCUUGGAAACUUUUUCUUCUGCUGUUCCCAGCAGGAACCAAACGUCUCUCCUCCAACUUAUUUCACUGAUUAAUGACAAGGUUGGAUAAAAACAUUGAGCUUCUCAUUCCUUAAAGAGUCAUGAAGAAAGACUCACCCUGGAACUGCAGGAAACAAGUUAGAAAGUUUAAUAAAUAUAUACAAUUUGUAGUUAAACCAACUUAAUGAAUUCAGAUUUUAAAAAAUAUAAACAUUGAGUAAGAUAAUCACAAUAUAAAGAGUUGAAUAAACUUAAUAAAUGAGGCUGGAUAAACAUAAUUGAAUUAGUUGUUACCAGUUGAAGCAAUUCAAUUAAGUUGGUUUAACUCAUUUCUUUUUACAGUGCAGGAGGAACAUGAAGGUUUAGAAGUUCAUGGAAAUCUUUUCGGUUUUGAAAGACGCAACAUUUGGGGAUCUUGUGAAUGAUUACAUUAUUUAUCAUACUUGGCUCUGCUUACAAUAAUUAAACUUAAACUGAAUUAUUAUAUUGUUUUUAUUGUACUUACAUUUGGGAGAUUCAAAAUGUCAGUUUUAUAAUUUUUUUAAAAUAAAAUUGUAAAAAGUUCAGAAAAUGAAAGCAAUCUACUGAACACUCUUGUGAGGUGACACACAAAAACAACACACAAACAACCCUAAAUGGAUCCAAAAACUAAAUUCCAAUGUGGGCACAGUCAAGGUACUGCCUGUCUUCCAUGACUCAGAUCGAUGAUAAAUGUUGAUCAUCAUCAACAUUUAUGAUAAAUCAAUGUUAUCGACCCUUUAUAACUAGGUCCCAGACUGAGCCAAUCAACCUUUACACCUGAUACUACUUUAUUUCUUCACACCUAAAAACUACUUGAUCUGUGUUGUGUUGCUUUUUUUGGUGCCUUUUUUGCACAUCCUCCAAAUCUACAAAUUAAAGAUCUGGUUAACUGGUAAAAUUAAAAGAACAAGCUUUCAAUCAUGUAACUAGAAACUUAUUUUCAUCAAUUUGUUGUAAAUAAUAAAAACACACUUGAAAAUAUUAUGAUGGAAAAACACAAAAUAAAUGAAAAAGUCCAGAGAUGAUCAGAUCAUCUCCAGUUUCCUGGCUUUAAAAAUAAUAAAUUCACCAAACCAGCAAACUAUCAAUCAUAAAACCAAUCAAUCAUCUGAUCAAUAAGGAUUAAUUUGUUCUUCAUGCUCAGAUCAUCAGAGCUGCUGUUUGAUCACUGAGAUCUUCAUCGGUUGGAUCUUUAAUGUUUUAUCAGUACUGAAGAAUGGAAACAUCUUCUGAGUGAAGGUGUGUGUGAAGGUGUGUAUGUGUGUGUUAGUAUCCAGAUCAGAGACGGACAGUUUUCCUCUGUCCCAGUCCAGAUUCACUCUGAUCCUCUGGAGAUUCUUCUGGACUGAGAGACGAGUGGAAGGAGCUGGUGGAGAAUGUGCGUAAUAUUGAUUUAUAAAAAAACAUCCAGACUGUGUGUCUCCCUUCUUCUGAACAGACUCUAAUAUCACACCAAGUUCCCAGUAUUUACUGUCUCCAACAUCAACAUCCCAGCUGUGGUUCCCUGAGUUAAAACCCUCAGAACUCAGAACAGAAUCCCAGUAAUAAUCAAUCCUCUCUGGAUUAUGAGGAAGCUGCUGUUUCUUUCCUUCAGUCAAACCAGUCAGAUCUCCAGACAGAUGGAGUUCUGGACCAGCCGUGUUUGGGUCCAGAACCAGAGGAGUGUAGGUCACCAUGGUCUCCA